AUGAUAAAUGACAAGACGCUGUAUCUUCAAGACGGUUCUCAUUUCCCUUGGGAUGCAGUCUUAUGUGGAACGGGUUGGAAACUCGGAGUUGAAUUUUUUGGUGAUGAUCUCGAACUUGAUCUGCUUCACAAGAAGGAAAUUAAACCACACGAGGUGACAGCAAAAUGGAAACCUCUUACCAUGGAAGCCGACGAAAGGUUGAGAGAGAAAUACCCGCUCCUCACAAAUCCUCCAAAUCAUUUCCACAAAAAUAUUGAUACGACUCCAUACCGAUUGGACAAUGGAGUCGCUCCAUUGAGCGACGAUUCGAUUCUUUUCAUAUAUCAUAUCACGGGAGGAAACAAAAUAUUCGCUGCAGAAGAUCAAGCAAUAUGGGCGGUAGCUUACUUUGACAAAGGACUUAUUCUACCUCUAAUGGAAGAAAGAGAAAAGAAGAUCGCGAACUGGGUCGCUUCUGAUACUUCAAAUAAGAAGAGAAGUGUAUUCAAGAUAUCAAUAUGUUGA